GAAUAUAUUUUCUUUAUUUCCUUCUGAUAGUUUAGAAUUAGCGUAAUAAAGAGAAAAAAUGAAAGAUAAACCAAUACCUCCUCCUGGAGCUUAUUAUAAUGAGUUUAAUAAUUCUUCUAUAAAGAUUGAAAAAGUUCCUUGGAAAUUUUAAUGUUUCUCAUCCACUGUUAAAAGAUUUAAUUCAUAAUAAUAGGAUAUAGGUCCUAGUGUAGGUGCUUAUGAUAUCAAAACAAAACCAAAAUCAAUUGGAGUUAUUUCAAUUGAUAAAUAUAGUUAAAGAAAAGAUUAAUUUCUUAAUUUUCCUGGAGUUGGUACUUAUGAUAUUGAUUAAUCAUUUACUUAAGCAAAACUUAAACAAAAAUAAUAAAAAGAUUUUCCAUGUCCAUUUGGAUCAAGUGGUAAGAGAUUCUGA